UGCCGGAAAAUUGUUUUGUUUAGUCUACGGUUGUAACAAAAAAGAGGUCCUUUUGCGAUUCCCUUUACACUAUAAUUCCUUCUCGUACGCGACGUGGAUGCGUACGCACGCAUUAUAUCAUAUAGUAUAAAGUGUAUAUUGAAUGCUUGUAGCACUGUGCAGCCAUAUAUGCCGCCACUAUAAAUCCGAUUGGCACAAUACGACAAUCCUAACACAACCAUGAGUCGAUGGGAUCGACGCAACGACGAAGGCCAAUACAAUCAGCGGCAGCGAAAUGAAGUAAAGCACGCUUCCAACCGACCACGGUUGAGUCGGAGCAGAUCCCGUUCUGACUCUUCCGACACGCGAUCUCAUUCCCGUUCCCGAUCCCGUUCACCUGCAACGGAUAAUCCACGGCACCGCGCUGCACCCCACAGGGAUGACCAAAGGAACCAUCAUCGGCGGCACCAGCAGGAAGGGGACGAGCGGCGACGAAGGCAGGAGGCGCUGGAUAGUCGAGGUCGCGCCGGGCCAAACGGCACCCGGGGACCCGGUCCCGGUGGCACGCCGGGAAUGGUGGAAAAGCGUAUGAGCGGCAGCGACCACAGAGCAUCGACUGGACCGCCCGAUGGAUCGAAGCCCAAGCCGCCGAUUGCCGGCAUACAGAUGAAGCUGGCGGCACCGGCUAGCAAGGAACCGCCCCGGCUGAUGAAACCGGUCGCGAACGCGUUCCGGCUCGCGGACGACAGCGACGACAGUGAACCGGAAGAAAUGCCAGCUGAGUGCCGGAUGCGGAUGCGCAACAUUGGGCGCGAUACGCCCACCUCAUCCGGGCCGAACUCGUUCGGUAAGACCAAGCACGGGUUCUGUGAUUCGAAGAAGAUGUUCGAAAAGAAGAUUGGUAGCAGCCUCGGUGACCGUUGAAGGCAGAACGAUGCACGUUAGCACAUUAGACGGUAAUAGAAAAGGAUUAUCGAGGGAGAGAGAGCGGAAGAGUAUAAUUGGGAGAUAUAGAGAAAGAGUGAGAUAGCGAGAGAGAGAGAGAGAGAGAGCGAGAGAGAGAGAAAGAGAGAGAGAGAGAGAAAGAAAAAAACCAAUGCAGAAUAGAAGUUUAGCUUUAAGUGUCGCUCUAUUUAUCUACCACCGAGGAAAUCGUCCUCUGCGUGGAUGCGUUGCAUUAUCGUAGCAAAUGUUCGUUUGUUUUUUUUACUAUUGCCACAAGCCAAUGGACGAGUGAGACGCGACGCGUGAAACGUAGA